GUUCAUAACCGCCUGGAAGACUUGAUAACUGGUUUACAGACAACACAGGCAGCUGCAGAGGACCACCACCAUCAGCAGAUGCAAAAGCAGAAUGUGCUGGCUCUGACAUCAAAGGACUUGCGCAGCAUGUGGGAGGAGGAACUGAAGUCAAGAUCCCACCUUGAAGAGCGUGUUGCUCAGCUUGACAGGGAAAAGGCUGAACUCUUGGAACAGUGUGAAAGUGAAAGAAAGAAAGUGAAGAAGCUGGUAGAGUUGAAACGCCCAGUUGAACUGCGUCUGGACCAAGAAAUGAAAAGAAACAUUGAACUGCAGAAAGACUGUAAGAGGUUGAAGAGGCUUCUGAACAGAGCUAUGAAGAAACUCAGGGUGUAUGAGGAGAGAGAGAGAGAGUCCCAGCUUAAUUUGCAGGGAGAAGUGAAGAACAGGUAUUCUGAAAUGGUCAAUGAAGUUGGUAGAUUAAGAACAAAGGUUGGUGAACUUUCCCAGCAGCUGGACAUAGAGUCUAAAAAAUGCACGCAGCUAGAAGCACAAAAUCAGGAUUUGCGAGAAGAGUUGUCCACCAUGCGUGGGAACCAUGAAAAACUGGAGAAGAGCAAAUGCCAGCUGAAAGAAGAGGUGGCUAGCCUCAAACAUCGUUUGGAGACUAACAUGGUGGAUCACAGCCAAAUAGAACAAUAUAAAAGAGAGAUGGAAGAACGAGCCGGACAAGAAAUAAGACAAAAACUGCAAGAAGUCAAUCUGUUUUUGCAGACACAGGCAGCCUCCCAGGACAGAUUAGAACAAAUCAGAGCCAGUCAUCAUGCUUCACUGAGAAACCAGCUGAAACACAGAAUUAGAGAUCUUGAAUGUGAAUUGGACAGGAUAAAAAAUACCCAACAAGACAGUAUUUUUCAAAAAGAAUCCACGCAGGCAGAAGUGGAAAGGUACAAAGAGCUGUAUCUGGAGGAAGUGAAAAUUAGAAGAUGCCUAGCAAAUAAACUGGAAAGAGCUAAUGAGAAACUAGCAGAAGCCAACGCUAAGCUCCUUCAGGAGCGCCAUAGAAGCAAAUCUUUAAUUGCAAGCAGCAUUGUCAGUGGAGGUCUGGCUGCCAGUCCAGUUCUGUAUUCAACUGAACUGGGACAUCUUGGCAACAGUUUGGCACUGAACAGAAGUCUGAGUCUAGGAGGAAGCUUCCUAAGCCCAGCCGGGAAUGCAUUAUCAUCAAGAAACAGGGUUGAAGCCUAUGUGGCUAAGGUACGGCGGGAACUGGAUGAAAAAAUCACUAAAGAACUUGAACAGGCCACUGCUGAACUUGAAACUGGAUCUGCUGGAGCUUCUCCCAUGGUAUCUACUGAUGGUUCUUCAAAAAAUUUCCAUGUUGACCAGGAUCCCCUUUGCAGGGCAAUACAGGAGUACCGUGAUGUUUUAACCAAAAAUUACCUGAUAUGAACAAAAUGCUAGGGAAAGGCUCUGGAAAUCAUUUUGUUUACAUAGUGGAUCUAUAGUUUCCCAUUCCACAGUUCAGAUGUGAAAACAUGUUUAUUGCAGCCUGAAUAUGAAUUCUAAGUCUAUUAAAUGGAUGUAAAGCACAUUGCACUUACCUAUUGGUUUAUUGAUGCAUAGUUGUUCCAUUUUGCACUCACAAUAACAACCAUAUCUACUUUUUUUGACUAGCAGAUUGACUAAUCUUGAUUCCUGAGCUUGACAGAACUGUCAAAAUGUUUCUUACUAAGGUAGAUGCAUUAUUUUGCUCCACUUAUGUUCUGUGUUUUAACAAAGUACCAUUCCCUUUGUUCU